CUCCCACCCACACUGAGGCCCCUCUGUUCUCUCUCGCUCCAGACCCUGGGCCAAACCCGGCGAACCCCAACUCAUGGACGACCCGAGGAUCAUCAGCAUCGCAGAAAAAUACAAGAAGUCUCCUGCUCAAGUCCUCAUUCGCUAUCAGAUCCAGCGCCAAGUGAUCGUUAUUCCCAAGUCUGUCACCAAAGCACGCAUUGAGGCGAACUUCCAGGUGUUCGACUUCACGCUGUCCGACGAAGACAUAAAGGUUAUUGACAGCUUCGAUUGCAACGGCCGUCUUCUGCAUCUUGAUUGGGUAAAAGACCACAAGUACUGGCCCUUCAACAUUGAAUUCUAAAUAUUUUGGAAAAAAAUAAAAAAGGAAAAAGAAAAAAAUAAUUUACUGACAGAAACUCGAGAGCAAUCUUGAGCAUUGAAAAUAUGGAAAAUAUUAAAAGUCAAUGACCAA